CUACAUCUCCCAUCAUGCUCUUAGGCGCUGCCGUCUUCCGCAUGCGUGCUGAUUCCAAAGCUGAUCGUUAGAUCAUGGACCCGGCCUGGAGGCAGAGGGGUCGUGGUCGGGGUCAGGCCAGGGGUCACCGUCCUCCUGGAGCUGUGGGGUCAGAGGUCAGAGGAGCGAGCGAGGCCUCAGAUGGAGACUCGUCUCAGUCCAGGUUUGAGAAGAUCAGGAGGUCUAACCAGGCGGCUGCCCAGAGACUGACCACUGAGCCCCACAGCUCUUCCUCUGAGGAUGAGGAUGAUGUUAGUGAGGAAGGAGGGAAGCAGGGGAAGAUUCUGCAGUCGGCUCUGUCUCCGUACACCAUUCACUCAGGUGAUGCUGAAAUCCAUUUGCUGGAGAAGACCCGUCAUUAUUUACACGAGGUGUGUCAGUCUGGAGGAGUCACGUGUCUGAUCUGCAUCGCGUCUGUCAGGAGAACACAAGCUGUGUGGAGUUGUGUGGCCUGUUACUGUAUUUUCCACAUCACCUGCAUUCAGAAAUGGGCCAAAGACUCCAUCUUCCUGGUGUCCUCAGUGACCGAUGAGGAUUUUGGUAAAAAAGAUCACCCAUGGCCGUGUCCCAAGUGCAGGUAUGAGUACAGUCCUCACCAGACUCCCACCAGAUACUACUGUUACUGCGGCAAGGAGGCGGAGCCUGUGCCCGACCCCUGGCUCCUCCCACACUCCUGUGGUCAGGUGUGUAAGCGCGAGUUUAAACCGUCAUGUGGACAUCACUGCCUGCUGCUGUGUCAUCCAGGUCCGUGCCCCCCCUGUCCUAAGAUGGUGAGUGUUUCCUGUCUGUGUGGGAAGUCAUCUUGUGUUCCACGCCGCUGCAGCGCUAAAGCUUGGAGCUGCGCACAGAUCUGUGGACGGACACUUCCGUGCAGAAUACACACCUGUGCAAACAUCUGCCACGCAGGUGAAUGUGCUCCGUGUCCGAGGGUCAGUCUGCAGUCAUGUGAAUGCGCCUCAGCUCGGAGCUCUCAGUGCUCUCCAGAGUGGCACUGUGACUCUGCUAUAUGAUGUGUGUUUCUGCAGGUGUGUGGUCGUCCUCUGUCCUGUGGGAAUCACACAUGUGAGCGUGUGUGUCACGCAGGUGUAUGUGGACAAUGUCCUCGUGCUGGAAAUCGUUCCUGUUCUCGUGGAAAAACAAAGAGUGUGUUGCCGUGUACGGUUGAUGUGCCCACCUGUGGAGACACCUGCGGGAAAAAACUGGAUUGUGGUUUACACACCUGCUCAAUGCGCUGCCACAGAGGAGCCUGUGAGACCUGCCGACAGGAGGUAGAAAAGACGUGUCGAUGUGGCCGCUACAGCAAGCUCCUGCCCUGUCAUAAGGAAUAUCUCUGUGAGUCCAAGUGCAACAAGACACGGACCUGCAGCAGACACCAGUGCAAGAGAAAGUGUUGUCCAGGGAACUGCCCUCCGUGUGACAUGAACUGUGGGCGAAUGUUGGGCUGCAGGAACCACAAAUGUCCAUCUGUCUGCCACCAAGGCAGCUGUUAUCCGUGUCCAGAGAUGGUGGAUGUGCGCUGUGAUUGUGGCUCAACUCAGAUCUCUGUUCCCUGCGGCCGAGAGAGGAGCACCAGGCCGCCGCGCUGUAAGGAGCUCUGCAGGAAGCCGGCAUCGUGCCAUCACUCAUCUCAGGAGAAGCACCGGUGUCACUCGGGCCCGUGUCCUGUCUGUAAGCAGCCCUGCAGUCAGCUCUUACCCGGCUGUGUCCACCUGUGUCCGGCUCCGUGUCACGACCAGGUGCUGGUUAAAGCCACUGACCGGGCCACUCCAGCUGGACCCUGGGAGAAGCCCACCACUCCUGCGUUUGUGAGAACGGCCCUACCGUGUCCCCCCUGCAUGGAGCCCAUUCCAACAGCCUGUCUGGGGGAACACGAGGUGAGUCCGGUUCCAUGUCACACUCGUGGGCCGUUCUUGUGCGGUCGUUUGUGUGGACGGACUUUAGCAUGCGGGAAUCAUAGCUGCAGUUUUGAGUGCCAUCGUGUGACCUCUGUGCCAAACUCAGACAAAACUAAGGCGGGUGUGGAGUGUGAGGUGUGUGAGGAGGGCUGUCUGAAGCCGCGUCCCGUGGGCUGCUCUCACCCGUGUGUUCUGGCCUGUCACCGCGGUCCCUGUCCUCCGUGUGGGCUGAUGGUCCGUCUGCGCUGUCACUGCAGGAUCUCCAACCUCUACAUCGAGUGUGUGAAGUUUACGUCUGUGGAUGAUCAGGGCAAACAGCUGCUGAGCUCCUGUCAGAAUCAGUGUCCCAAACAGCUGGGAUGCGGGCACCGCUGUAAACUGCUGUGUCAUGCGGGUGACUGUGAUCAGAGCUGCGGUCAGCGAGUCAAGCUCAAGUGCCCCUGCAAGAGGAUAAGAAAGGAAUUCCCCUGUUCUCGUGUGAGAUCAGAGACUGACUUGAUCGUGUGUGAUGAGACGUGUCGAGAGUUACAGAAGAAACAUGCAGAGGCCUGUGCAGCAGAGGAAAGAGCCGCACUGGAGGGAGAAAUGAGAAAACAGCAGGCUGAACUCGAGGCGUUUGAGAAACGACAGAAAGGACGAAGGAAGAAGAACAGGAAAGUCACAGAGGUGGAGACAGAGGAGGGAGUGUGGCACAGAUAUAAACUCAGCUUCCUGAUGCCCAUCUGCGGCGUCCUGUUGGCCGUGGUGGCGUUCUGUCUGCUGCAGCUGACCAAUCAGGAGGUGGACAGAGAGUGAGCAUACCUCAGCAGCUUCCUGAAUGUCAAGUGUGUUUUCUUUCAGUUUUGCAAACUUUUUUUCACUAUUAAAUUGACUUGCAUAGAUAAUUAAAAUAUUAGUAACGUACAUAGGAUUAUUUAAUCUUCAUUUCAGCGUUCACACAAUGGAAACUGUGAUUUUGUGAUAGAUUUUGCCUCACUUUUAUUAAAACUGUGAAGUUAUUUUAUUUCCAUUAUUAAAACAAAAUGGUUCCAUGAGUGACAUUUGGGAGAUGUAACAAUAUAAACGCUAAAAAUAAAGACUUUGUUUCAGUGAUGUCA